AAAACACACCGAUAAAGAUUACAAAUCAUUCAACAAAACCAAUAAAAAUCAAGACAACUCUUUGAAAAUUUUAAUUAAUAACCAAAAACCUUCAAUAAAUUUCAAAAUUAAUCAAAAAGCUCAUAAAAAAACAGCAGCGAUCAAACAAUGAAGCGCUCAAAUUCUGAUGACUUCAACAAUUCUGAAUAUGCAGCUAAAAAGAAACAAAGACUGUCAAGCGAAAUGUACAAAAUUGUGAAAUAUUUUGAACCAAUUAAUGAAGUUAUUGAAAUUAGUGAUGACGAUGAGAGAGAAUUGAGUCCAGCUGACAGUGGCUUCAAAGAACCCAGCACAUCAUCCAGCUCAUCACUCAAACAUAUCCCAAUAACCUCAAGAAAGCCACUUUUAGAGCAAUCUUUACCAAAUCGAGGAUCAUCAAGAAUACAAAAGCUUCAAGAAGAAGAACAGAAAUUAACGCAAUCUGAGAAAAUUUUACGACAAACUUUAAAAUACCAAAACUUAAUUCAUCCAUUAGAGUCUACAGCAACAGCAAUAAGUCGGUACAAUCCACAAGUUAACUGCCGGAUACUCACAAAAUAUGAAAUAACAAAACGAGUGCAAUUAGGAAAAAUUAUUCCAAAAGUUCAAGAAUUUCCAUCUGAAAUUGAGUUUCAAGGAUUGAUUUUGCAUCAAUGGAGGAACUACGAUCGUCAACAUCUACAUUAUUUUGUACGGUGGAUUCCAGUGAACGUUCUAGAUGAUGAAUGGGUCAUUGCUGAUCAUGCAAAGGCAACAAAGUUGAAGAAAACAAUGAAAUUGUCAGAACUUAACACGAGGCAGAGACGAAUAAUUUGUGAAAUGAUUUUUAAGGGGUUGAAAAUUUGACUGAAAUUUCAUUUUAAUUUGAAAAGGUAUUUAAAUAAAAUUUGGAAUUAAGUUUAAAACAAUCUAGGAA